GCCACAAAUCUCCAAAAGAAGAUGAUGAACCGGAACUGUCGGAAGUUACUGUUCGCUCGACCUCGGUUCUGUACAUACAUGGAAACGGAUACGACGUUGGACUCGUUUAUUCUUACUCGUUUACUCCUGUGUUUUCAACAAUUUUGAAGUCUUUGACCUCGUCUGCAGCAUGUCUUCGGUCUCUGCGGGGUUUCAGAGCAGCAAGCAGGACUUCAGCUUCGGGCCCUGGACCUUCACUUCCGCCAAGACCCACAUCAUGAAGUCCAAAGACAUCGAGAGGUUAGCAGAGACCAUGAACAUGCCGGCUCUCCCAGAGAUGCUGUUCGGAGACAAUGUGCUGCGCAUUCAGCACACCGACGGUUUCGGAAUCGAAUUCAACGCCAUCGACGCUCUCAAGCGUGUAAAUAACAUGCAGGACUCUGUGAAAGUGGCAUGUGCACUGGAGUGGCAGCAAAGCAGGGCAGAGACGGAGGCGUCUAAAGAGGUGGUGAAGCGCUACGACUGGACCUACACCACCGAUUACAGAGGGACUUUACUGGGAGAGCACCUGCAGAUCCAGGUGAAGCCCACCAGCGAGCGCAUCGACAUGGAGAAGCUGAGAGCACGAGAACAGAUCAAGUUCUUCGAGGACGUGCUGCUGUUCGAGGAUGAGCUGCACGAUCACGGCGUGUCCAUGAUCAGCGUGAAGAUCAGAGUGAUGCCCACCAGCUUCUUCCUCCUGCUGCGGUUCUUCCUGCGAGUGGACGGAGUGCUGAUCAGGAUAAACGACACGCGUCUUUAUCACGAGGCUGGAAAAAACUACAUGCUUCGAGAAUUCAGCACACGUGAAUGUAAGAUGUCAGACCUCCAGCACAUGCCUCCAGCCGUUUACACGGACCCUAAUGAGAUCGCUCCGCACCUGCCGCUGAAGCUCAUCGAGUGUGAGAAACUGGAGUUUCCAGAGAGAACGACGCCAGCAGAAUCAUCAGAGCAGAGCGCGCACUAGAGACUCGAACCCGGAGCCGUGGAGCUGUCCUACAGACACUAAAUCUGAACUCUGUGCAUUUCUGAAUGUGUGCUUUGUAAUGUGAUGCUUGUUUGAUUGGAGAGGAUUGCAUUAAAAUCCUUUCUGCUGGAUUCAGAACUAUGUCUAGAAGUGAUGAGAAUGAACUAAUACUGAAACAAAAGUAGUUUUUUGACUGCUAACACACUGUGACUGAUUCAUUGGCACAAUUUCACAAACCAUUCAGUUCUUAAAACGUUCCAGUGUGCUGUGGGUUUGAUGUCCAGUAAUUGAGAGUAUGGUGUAUUGUGAUGUUUUUUAUAUUCAGUUCUUUGGUGUUGAGUUUUUCUGGUGUAUUUCAGAUCUCUUUACAGUGGUGUGUUGUUGAGAUUUCUCAGUUUCUGCACUCCUUCUCUGUUGUGUGCUGUAAAAUAGCUCUGAACUCGUUAGUGUGCUCUACGCAGUGUCCAUCUGUGUGCUCUACGCAGUGUCCAUCUGUGUGGCUCCAGGGGCGUUUGUGUCAUCUGACUCGGAAGUUGGAUUAUGAAAAAAGACAAUGUUUUUGAGUAAAAUAUUUGAGGUUUACUCUUUCAAGUUGGCGUGUAGUUCUGAGAUUGUAUUUUUAGUUUUGAGAAAAUUGUGAAUUCUAUGAAUGGUCUGUUAGUCGUUGAGAAAAUCUCAAGUAAGUUCUGAUGCUCGUCUAAAACCUCUUGGAGAUGAUCGAGGUUUUAGUUAAUAAUCGCUUCGCUGAAUCAGUUCAACUCAUAUAACUGAUGACUCUUUAGUUGGAUAACGGUUAUAUUAAGAGUUAUAUUUGCUAUUAUUGGAGAAAUUCUCUUGAGUAGGACGGGGUAUUAAACGUAUGAUUAUAGUCUGUUUGUAAAAAAAUAAACUAAAUUUAACAGUU